GGGAAGCCCCCUCCCCGCUCUCCGGGUCUGUCUUUCCGACGCUGGGUUGGGGUGCUCGAGAGGCCGCUGGGUUCUGCACGGAAGGGCCCCCGGUUAUUCUCGGGAACCUCCGUCAGCCCUUUGCGGAGCGGCGCAUCCUUUGGGCCUGGUCUGCUGGAAGGAGCUGCUUGAUCUCCCCUCUUGCGGGAGAAUCUUGCUUUCAUAUCUGCGAAGACUUCAUUCCAGGAUCUGUUUUGCCUUGUUUCGUAAGGACAGAUUUGUUUCCGGUAGCUCAGGAUGGGAGACCAGAGGCAGCGUUCGUUAUCCACAUCCGGAGAGUCACUAUACCAUGUUCUAGGACUGGACAAGAAUGCCACGUCAGAUGACAUCAAGAAAUCAUACAGGAAACUUGCAUUGAAAUAUCACCCCGAUAAGAAUCCAGAUAAUCCAGAAGCUGCAGAUAAAUUUAAAGAGAUUAACAAUGCACAUGCAAUAUUGACUGAUGCUACGAAAAGAAAUAUUUAUGAUAAGUAUGGCUCUUUGGGCCUGUAUGUAGCAGAGCAGUUUGGAGAGGAAAAUGUGAACACAUACUUUGUGUUAUCCAGCUGGUGGGCCAAGGCACUGUUUGUCUUCUGUGGACUCAUAACUGGGUGCUACUGUUGUUGCUGUCUCUGCUGUUGCUGUAACUGUUGCUGUGGAAAGUGUAAACCGAAACCCCCUGAAGGAGAUGAGCCGGAGUAUUACGUCUCUCCAGAAGACUUGGAGGCCCAAGUACAGUCAGACGAGAGGGAGAACUCCGACGCCCCAAUUGUGAUCCAGCCAGCCUCGGCCACAGAGACGACUCAGCUCACGGCAGAUUCUCACCCCAGCUACCACACCGAUGGAUUUAACUAAGUUAAGGAAGCACUUAUUAACCCGAAUGGAUAAGAAUAAAUCAUAUAUGGCCAAUCCAACACUAAGAAUCAUGGACAUUAGGAAUAGAUUAUGGAGAAGGGAGGUGUUUGCCAUGUUGAUUGGGCAGCUUCCAACCUGCUGAGAAUAUUUUGUAAUCCCCCCUUCAUCUUUUGUCACCUUCAGUGUCGUAUCUCGAUGAGACAUGGAAGUACUGUAGCAUGCCGAAUUUAAAUCAGUUUAGCUUUAGUCUUCUUUUUGUUGUUGUUUCCAUUCUGUUUUUAAAGAAAGAAUAGCAUGUGUGAAGUUUACAUUAUAAACGUUUUUUGUGUUGUAAAUGUACUAAGGAGUUUAUCAUGACGAGUGUGACGGAUACAUUCUGCAUUUUAAGCAGUAAUACCAGUUAGAAAUGAUGAGCAUUUUUCAAAGAGAGCUUAAAUUUAUCAAAGGAGCCACCAUACUUCCAUACAGUUGAGCUACAAGUACCCUUCUUCUUCUUCUGCUCGUUUGCUCCACUUGAGAGCAGCAGAGAGUUCCGAUUUCCCACCUGCCCAUUUGUACCUGGCCUCUGCCUCAAUAAGUUUAUUUUGAAAAAUGCUGGUGUUGCAAGGAAGGGAGGGUUUUUUUAGGAGAAGAAUGCUUUUUUCUGGAAAUUUUGUUUCUGUUUCUUCUUCGUAGCCAUCCAAUGCUUCGUAGGUGUCUUGCCCAACCUGAUGUUCUCCACAGGAGCGGGGAGUUGUAAUCCACUGCAUUUGAAAGGGAUCACGUUUGGGAAGUUUGCUUUGCAUUAAGACAUUGCUGGGUGGGAGAGGGCCAAAAUAGUGGUUUUACUACAAAACUAGAAGUUACUUGAAUCAUCUCUCGGCACUUAAAUUAAAAUGGACAUUAUUCUUGUUUAAAUUUAAAUACAAGCAUUCCCCAAACUAUUUAUAGUUAAACCUUGCCAUUUUUUUUUUUUACAAAUGUAUGUUCUUACUGUCCAGCUUGAAUGAAGUGUUAGUGAAAAGUCGAGAGCAACUUUUAGGUUUCUGUUGAAUAUACAUUGGUCUGACAAUGUUCUCAAAUUACUCUUUUUUAAAAAACAACAACACAUUUAUCAGGGUCCACUUUAUAAAUUAUGUGUUCUAGUUGUAUACUUAGGUUUAUUUUUAAUUUACUUUUUAAAAGUCUCUAACGUCUAGCUCACGGCUCCUUAAACUGGUACCAACUGGCAGGUGUUGGAGGUGCAGCUCUCAGCGUUCACCAGCCAGUGUGUUCGCUUCCUGCCUGGGAGCAUACCGCAGUGAUGUCAAGCAUGCCAUGAUGUCAUCGCUCCAUUGAUGUAAUUUGAGCCAGUUGCUGCCAACCUGCGUGAUACCAUCAUGGUUUCUACAUUAUCCCACUGAUACAUGAUGUUGUGGCAGUCAUAGCAUCGUAGGGCUGAUGCAAAUGACAUAAUUCAUGUCCUUUGCACCAUGACAGACUUAUGCAUGAGAUGUCACUUGACUUACACCACCACCACCACCCCCAUAUUCAUGGCUGGGAAUUUUGGGAUUUGCAGUCCCAACACAUCCAGAGGCCACCAGGUUGAGGAAUAGUGAACUAGCAGGUCACAAUUCUGAUAGUGAGAACUAGAAUUAGCUGCAGUUGCUCCUUUCCCAACCUGCAGUGCAGGAAUCAGUCUGAAACUGAUGGAGCAGGCAGAGCAGGAGUCGGCCAGAUGGCCAGAACCACCCUGCCAGAUCCACCUUGAAUCCAUGCCUGGAUUUACCUGGCUGGCUGGUUUCUUUCUCUGCCUCAGUUCUUUCUUUAUAAAAUGGGAGCGAUAAGUCUCAAGUGUCCAUACUUUAUUGUGUAGUACUUUGCAUAUUUGAAGUAGUAUGUGAUAGAGUUGUAAUGUCUAAAUGGCUAUUUAAAAAAAAACAAAAAACCACUUGCUUUUCCAUGUAUCUGUCUAGAGGAACGUUCUGCAGAGAAUGUUCUCUUCUAGAUCAGCUCUUCCCUCCCUGGGCUUCUAAUGAACACUUUCUCUGUGAUGGGUGGGGGAAUCCACCAUGAACGGAAACUCUGUGUGCAUCAAGGCAGUGGGUGUUUCCAGGUUUCCUCAGAGGUCCAGUGCCGCUUCAGUCUCACUGCAGAGUAUGUUAGGUUUGUUAAUAAAGGCAUCAGUCAGAACCUCCCCUUUUUUUCAGCUGCUCCUGCUUUGAUCGUGGAUCCCCCCCACCAUCACUUCCCCACCCCCUUUGUCUCCCAGUCUCAUUCUCACUUUGAACUCUGAGGCUGGGCUCUACGCCCACAACAUCCCAUCACCGGCAGCAGACUGUCGCUGCACCAUUUGCAUCACGUGCGUGAGGGUGUCAUGGCACAUGCGAUAUUGUCGUAACUUCUGCUGGGUGUCUGCACCGGAAAGGACUGUAUCGCUUCAGACUGCAGGUGGGAGCUACGAAUUUGAAUGCUCCCUGGUAUAUAUUUGUGCAUGUGUUGAAUUGUUGCAAAGUGAAAACUUUCACUCUAGGCUGUUGGGCUGUUCUGCAGGUUUUCUAUUUUAAGGUGGUUGCUUUUUUUUUAAAGCAUGCAACAGUCCCAUCUCACAUAAUACUUGAAAUAGUAGGUCAGUCCUGUCUGUUUGGUGUUUUGCUGUGUGUGGAUGACUUCCCUUCCCUUUUUCUGCAGCUUCUCCUUAAAUGCUUCUGUGUGGCUUCUUCUCCCCCUACCAGACCUAGAAAUAACUCUGAAUUUUUAACAAUUUGAAGGAUGAUGUUCAAACCCAUCCCAUUUCUAAAACUGCAAGUUGGCUAGUACCCUGCUAGCCUAGUUAUACUCUGAGUUCACUUGCAGAAUCUGAAGUUUCACCUCUUGGAUUGCCAAAACCAGUCUGUCAUGCAGAGCAAGUGCUUAACCCUGAUUAAUAAUGGAGUUUAUUAAUUUAUUGUAUAUAUGGAUUUUCAAAGUCUCAUCUUGUUUAUGUAACAUAAUCUGAAAUGAAAACAAUGGAUUAGUAGUAAAAUGUAUAAACAGUGGCAGAGUUCACUAAUAAUUAGUUGUGUUCUGCUUGCUAAGGUUUACUCUUGAUUUUUGUAAGGCAAAAAAUGAUCACUUGACUUGAGGCCGGCAGAACACAAUUGGGACUCUAGAGUGUAACGUUUAGCCAAACAAAAAACAAAAAAGCACCCACCCUCGGAGAUGAAACUUGAUUAUUACUUCAGUUUUGUCAGUUUUGUACAUUCCCUCAUGCCCUACUAGUCUGUAAUUUCAAAUCACAGGAAUUUGAAUUCCAAAUCACUGGAAACAAGCUGCUGUUCUCUCUAAAUUGGCUUAAAAAUUGUUAUUAUUUUAAUAGAUUUUACAGGAACUUCCUCCUUUCCUUGUCAGUCAUGCCUCCUAUGUCUUUGUGUAAUUUCAAGGGUAUCCAUGGGGAAGGAGGUGUCAAAAAAGUCAAGAUGGUGUCCUCAACCUUGCAGUCAAGCUCUUGUCACUUUUUUACACAUGCUGUGCAUCUGACACCCAUAAACGGGCAGGGCUUCGACUGCACAAUUGUGACCUUCUUGACUUUUGACCCUCUCCCCAGGGAUGCUCUUGGUGUAAUUACUUAAGGUGGAUCAGAAAUAGUUUAAACGGGUGAUUGGUUUAGACCAGUGUUUUUCAAACUUGAUAACUUUAAGAAAUGUGGAUUUCAACUCCCAGA